GCGUCACCGUCGCUCUCUCUCUCUCUCUCUGCUGACCGGCUCUUAUGGCUUUUAACGCGCGUUUGAGCAUCACAAGCGCCGUCGUUCAUGGGGUUAAACAGUUUAGAAGGCAAUUAUUCAAAUCCUGCAGCACUUCCACUGGAUUCGGGCUGCGGUAUCAUAGCAACAACACCCGAGAAGAAGCAGCGUAACAUCAGCAGCAUCACCCGAACCUGAAGCACAAAACUCUGGAUCAGAAACCCGGCGCGCGCGACACUCCCCACAGAAGAGCGCGAGACGAGCGCGCGCGAUUAAACGGCUGAGAGAGGAGCGCGGGAAUAUAUUCCUGACUGGAAAUACUGGAAAUAACGAACUUAUUUUUUUACCUCAGCACAAAAUGUUCUCUUCUGAAGGGAGAAAGUUUUCGUGUUAUUGCUCGAAUACGAAUUUAUCAGUCAUAUUUCACGGAAGCAGCAUCUCGCUCCCACUCAGUGUGCUGGAGAGUCCAGUGAACACUCGCCUGAGACGGAGCUUUGUGUUCAUCCUCUCUCAUGUUCAGCCUUCCAGAUUUUACAGAGCUUUCAUCAAGAUAAGUGAGCUUCUGGAACGUCCCUCUAAUGAAGAACCAAUAGGAGCACAGCAAAUGCUGGAUGAUUAAUUGAGCGCCAUCAUGAUUGCCACAGGGGGUCUACUGCGGAUAUCUGCCAGGCGACAGGACUCCCUCCGCGCUAAGAACCGCGCCGAAAACAAGCGCAAGAGGAAAGCAAAGAAAAAGAGGAAGAACGAAGUGGUUGUGGUUAAGGGAAAGCUGAAGUUGUGUUCCAUAUCUGGACUGGUCGCUGCCAUUGGGAUUCUGGUGCUGCUGGUUGGCGUCGCCAUGGCUGUGUUGGGCUACUGGCCCAAAGAGAGUCCGCUGUAUCCGGGACUGAUGAACACACAAAACGCUCAGAGGACUUACGAGAGCCGAGGACGUGAAUUAGUCAAUGUGACCGUCAGAUGGGAUCUUAAAGAUAAAGACUUCAGGAGCUAUAAUGGCUCCAGUGGGACUGCUGAGCUGGAUUCACCUAAGCAGGGAACAUUUGCUGCAUUUAUUAACAGAUACUUGUAUUCAGACAAGCUAAAGGUGUUCGGACCUUUAAUUAUGGGCAUCGGGAUCUUCCUAUUCAUUUGUGCUAAUGCAGUGCUUCACGAAAACAGAGACAAAAAGACCAAAAUCAUUAAUCUCAGAGACAUCUACUCAACAGUGAUUGACAUUCAUAGUUUGCGAAGCAAGGAGUCCGCGCCGCUGAACGGUUUCGUGAACUACUGUCAAUCGAAAGAGACCAAAUCCUACGGAGCCCCUCAUAAAGACUCCUGGCCUUCUCCAGGCUCCGGUCGACAUGACGCAAGUAGCAUGAUCUCAUCCCGACGUCUGUCUACCACCAUCCCACGAGUCUCGUCUUUGGAGAAACAGAGCUUUACGGACACCGUCUACAGUAUCUAUCAAGAUCAGAACCGAAUCCCACCUGAGCUAAGGCAGUGGGAAACCAGAACCAUCGUGUCCACCUCAGUCAAUGCUUUCACUCUGCCAAUGAUGAAGCUCAACAACCGAGGAGCAUCCGAAAGAAGGGGUUCGGACAAAACCGGAGAAGCCAAGAGAGAGUUUUUGGACGCCGAGGCCAUUUGCAGACGUUUGGAGGAUCUGGUAGCGUCUAGGACCAUCACAAAGGCCAAAGUGGAACCUGCUCAAAAUCAUCCAGAGCUUCCGCAGGACUCGGUGGAGGUUUACAGGAGUAGCGCCAGUUUGCAAGGAGCACCUCGAGUUUCUCUGCAGGGUUCCCAGGUUCAGCUGCUUCCGCCAUGUUCGCCGGGCCGCAAGGCCACAGGAUCUCACCUGUCUUUAAGCGCUUUGUCUGACUACUCCAGGUCUAUUGAUUUGGAUAUCUGUACGUCAUCUACCCCUGCGGACCGGCAGGUGCGAUCGAGGCGUCUCAGCUGCCCUCGACUGGAGGGCCUCAGCUGCGGAGGAUACACCAAACUCGAGGGUCUGGGCGGCGAGUCCUUUGAGUCCACGGACAAUGCAAUGUUUAGUCAUGGGAGUUCUGUUGAGGUUUUGGAAAAGGACCAAGAGCAUCACAAUCAGAUGGACCAAGAGGAGAGCGACAUGGUCAGACAAUAUUCAAAGAAGCAAAAACUCAUAAUGGUUUCUCAAUCAGACACUACUUUAGAGGAUGUGGAAAUGGACAGUGUAGAAAUUUAACUAGGUGAUUCGCUCGAGACUCUUGGAUGAUAUGAAACUAAAGGUACGGUCACAUUGGCGAAGUUUGUUCAGCAAAUUUUCACAAGCAAAAUCCAAUCAUUUCAAUAGGAAUGGAGUCUAGGACCAUCACAAAGGCCAAAGAGGAACCCUCAUAAAGGCUAGUUAAAUUUCUACUCUGUCCAUUUGAUGGUCCUCAGAAAGUAAUUUUAGCACAUUUUCACAAGCGAAAUCCUGUUAUUUCAAUAAGAAAUGGGAAUUUCCCCACUUUCCCACAUUUCAAUGGGAAUUUCCCUACAUGGAUUUCACAUUGGUAGAGUCUAGGACCAUCACAAAGGCAAAAGUGGAACCCUCACCAAAGGCUAGUUAAAUUUCUAAAGUUAAAUUUCUACUGCGUCCAUUUGAUGAUUCUCAGAAAGUAACUUCAGCUAAGCUAAUUUUCUCAAGCAAAAUCCAAUCAUUUCAAUAGGAAUCCACAGGGAUUUCACACUGGUAGAGUCUAGGACCAUCACAAAGGACAAAGUGGAACCCUCAGAAAGGCUAGUUGAAUUUCUAAAGUUAAAUUCUAGUUACAUUUCUAUGUCUAUUUGAUGGUCCUCAGAAAGUAAUUUCAGCGCAUUUUCACAAGCAAAAUCCAGACAUUUCAAGAGGAAUCCACGCGUAUGGGAAUUUCCCUACAUGGAUUUCACAUUGGUAGAGUCUAGGACUAUCACAAAGGCCAAAGUAGAACCCUCACAAAGGCUAGUUAAAUUUCUAAAGUUAAAUUUCUACUCAGUCCAUUUGAUGAUUCUCAGAAAAUAAUUUCAGAUCAUUUUCACAAGCGAAAUCUAUUUUCUGAUUGGGAAUUUCCCCACAUGGAUUUCAUAUUGGUAGAGUCUAGGACCAUCAUGAAGGCCAAAGCGCAACCCUCAUAAAGGUUACAUUUCUAUGCAAAAUCUGCAUGGGGAAAUCUUUCGCCCUCACAAAUUUCAGAUCGCGUGGAUUCCUAUUGAAAUGUCUGGAUUUUGCUUGAGUAAAUUCGCUGAACAACGGGAAAUGUGACCGCACCUUAAAAGUAAUUUCAGUGACAUUACGUGCAGUGAUGGCCUUCGGAAAGUAAUGAAAAGAGAGCAAACGUUGCCUGAAAUGUUGUUAAUAUGUUAGACCCAAAGGUCAGUCUUUAAUACUGUUUCCUCAAGGAACUAUAAGCAAAAACCAGAUGGGAAGUAACAGUCUCAGACUUUCAGCAUGAUAGCACAGCUAUGCUCCACUAGAUUAAAAAAAUUACUUUAUACUUCCAGUAGUAGAAUAUUUGUGGCUGUUUAGUUUAUCAGUGAAGUUUGGCUGUCUGAGCAGCAUGUUUUAUACCGUCGUCUACUUGCACUUUUUUUAACCACCAAAUUAUUGAUUAUUUUUUAGAAAUUGACUUGAUAGCAAUAUCUCAUUUGAACUGUUCCCUGCUUGUGUGGGAAAUGUUUAUGUUUGCAUUUUGCCUCAGAGAUGUUAACUUACACUUGUUUGCCGUCAGUUUUUUCUUACUUUGUAUUUUUUAUUUGACUUAAAUGAACUCAAACGAACCAUGAGUCAAAUCCAGACGUUAGCUAGCUAUGUAGUUCAGUACUGUCUGAAAUUUAAUGUCCAUUACAGUAUAUUUAAAAUAUCAUGAGACGCUGAAGUUUCUCCGAUGAGUUUUGGGGUCAGUUAAUUAAAGAUUAAUCAACAGUGUCUCUUUAAAGCAGCCCAAGAGAAGCAUUAAUGCUGCGUUCCAUCCAAAAUCAGAUGUUUGAAUAAGGAAAAAUCAUGUAACCUCUGGUGAAAUGAGUUUGGAGUUAAUGGCUUUUUCAAUCACAGUGCACAUACUAGUAUGAUUACCGGUUUCGAUUGGAAGUCCGACUUCAAGUGUCGUUCUAUUCUAUGAAAACUCCAACUGUUUGAGUUGAAUGGAACGCAGUGUGAUCUGCAGCUUGUGAUGUUAAUGAACAAAUGCUCAUGUGGGAGUUUGUCUUUGUUACGGUGUUCAAAUGUAACGGUAAACUCUUCUAAAGCUUCCCUAGUCAGUUCAGUCAUUUUGUCUCCAUUUGCGUUUAAAAGAACAGAUUCUGCCAAUUAAUAAACAUAUUAAAUGCAACUGAAAACAAUAGCGAGCACCGUCUCAAACUGCUAGUACUGUAUCCGACUCUGUCUUGUUAAAAACACUCUAAAAAAUAAAGCUUCCAAAAGGGACUUUUCGUAGAAGAACCUUCCAGUCAUCAGUUCGUAAAAGAACCAUUUUUUCUUAGCGUGAAGAACGUUUUAAAGAACCUUUUUCUGCUAUAAAUACCUUUUGUGCGAAGGAAAGAUUCCACUGAUGUUAAAGGCUCUUCAUGGAACCAUCAGCGCCAAUAAAGAAGCUUUAUUUUUUAAAGUGCAGUUUGAUAAUCUCCAGUAUCUCUCCAUGGUGUGUGUGUGUGUGUGGUACGUUUCUGAUACGGUGUCAGUGAAAUCAUCCGUUUACAGAUAUGGUGGUCUUCAUGUACUUCAGUUGCUCCUGAAAUAUUAACACUUUCCAUGGAUUAAUGUCAUUAUCCUGCAGUGAAGAGCAACAGUCAUUAUUCACACUAGACGGUGAAGAGUUCGACUCAAGAAACUCUUUGAAGUUCAGCGAUGGGUGAUUCCUCCUGUGCAUCAUAUAUGUCUGAAUACACUGGACAAAAUAUUAAACUCACAAUUUACAAAGA